GAGUAGAGAGCAUGUGUUGUGUGUUGUGAUCUGCUGUGUGUGUGUGUGUGUGUGUGUAUGUGUGUGUAUGUGUGAAAACCAGCUCGUCCGCCCGGCCGGCAUGGGAUGAUCGGCCGGCUCUGGACUGGUUAUGGACUGGUUUAACCAAAGCUCAGGUGCUGAUAUUUGCUGAAGAUGAGUAGUGGGGGGGGAAACACCCCGGAGCCCCCCAGAGGGGGAGAGUCUCUGAAGAGGAAGGACUGUCAGUCGGACCUCCUGCUGGGGCCGAGCCCUAAGAGGAGCACGGAGAGGAGGAACCGGGAGCAGGAGAACAAGUACAUCGAGGAGCUGGCCGAGCUGAUCUUCGCCAACAUCAACGACAUGGACGACCUCAACGUCAAGCCGGACAAAUGUGCCAUCCUCAAAGAGACGGUGAAGCAGAUCAGGCAGAUCAAGGAGCAGGAAAAAGCUCCAGUGGCUGACGCUGAGGAGGUGCAGAAGGCCGACGUCUCCUCCACAGGACCGGGUGUCAUUGAUAAAGACGCCCUCGGGCCCAUGAUGCUGGAGGCCCUGGACGGCUUCUUUUUUGUGGUCAACAUGGAGGGCAACAUAGUGUUCGUCUCGGAGAACGUCAGCCAGUAUUUGCGCUGCCAGCAGGAGGAGCUGAUGAACACCAGCGUCUACAGCGUGCUGCACGUCGGAGAUCACGCCGAGUUCGUCAAGAACCUCCUGCCCAAGAGCCUGGUCAACCAUCGCAGCAGUGAUUCGUCCAACAGGAACAGCCACACGUUCACCUGCCGCAUGCUGGUCAACCCUCACACCGACGGUGACGCCCGGUCGGCGUCCGACCAGCAGGAGGCGCCGCAGCAGAAGUACGAGACCAUGCAGUGUUUUGCCGUCUCCGAACCAAAGUCCAUCAAGGAAGAGGGGGAAGAUUUCCAGUCAUGUCUCAUCUGUGUGGCGAGAAGAGUCCCCGUCAAAGAGAGACCUGUGCUGCCCGCCUACGAGAGCUUCACCACGCGACAGGACCUUCAAGGUAAGAUCACGUCUCUGGACACCAGUCUGCUCCGUGCGUCCAUGAAGCCGGGCUGGGAGGACCUGGUUCGACGUUGCAUUCAGAGGUUUCACCUGCAGAAUGACGGGGAGAUGUCCUUCGCUAAGAAACACCAGCAAGACGUGCUGAGGGGCGGCACUGCUCUCAGCCCUCUGUACAGGUUCUCUCUGGCCGACGGCACCAUCGUCUCAGCUCACACCAAGAGCAAGCUGGUCCGAUCUCCAGCCAACAACGAGCCCCAGCUCUACAUGUCCCUCCACAUCCUGCAGAGAGAGAACAUGAGUGGCAUGACUGCAGACAUGGCUGGCGGCCAGAGCAUGACCAAGCCAAUGACCCCAACCAGUGUGAGUGGCCCCUCCCCUUCCCCUGAUGCCAGUGUAACCAGCAACACGCACCACUCCAACACGGCCUCCAGUGCCAUCGGACGUGGUUUUGGAUCCGUAUCGGGUCGGGCGCCCAAGCUGGGCAGCCCUUCGGCCCAGGGAAGCCCCAGCGUCUCAUCAGGGGUCCAGGGCGCCAUGUUGUCUCCUCGCCAUCGCCAGAGCCCCAGCAUGGUGGCCAGCAGCAGCAGCUGUAGUAGCCCUCACCUGCAACAUCCCCCUGGUUCUUUCUCUCCCGCAGCCGGACUCCACUCGCCAGCGUCCGUUUGCAGCAGCACGGGGAAUAGCCAAGUGUUCAACUCCCUUAGUGCAUUGCAGGCCCUCAGCCAGGGCCACAGGGUUUCCCAGGGACUCACGGAGGGGCAGCAUCCAGAGUCACCUGACGGGAAGCUGUUUGGCCUUCAGAGCCCUCUUCAAAACAGCAGCCAACAAGCCAAGAACAAUCCCAGCUUAGAGGCCGACUUGUUGGGAACCUUUGGGGAGCAGCAAGACUUGUUGUCCCCGAACCCGGACGGAGACGAUGAGAAAGACGGCGAUAGCUCUGAAGGUAAUGGAAGCUCAGGGGAGCUCGGCGACGCCCCAAACGCAACACUUCUGAACACAAAGGGGCACACGAAGCUGCUCCAGCUCCUCACCACCAAAUCAGAGUCCACUGAUCCCUGCUCAUCGCCCCCAAUGGGGGACGACCAGAACUGUAAGGAUCAGCUGGGCGGGAUCGGGGGUAUGGGUGGUGGUGCCGGGCACAACAACCACUCCACCUCCCUAAAGGAGAAGCACAAAAUCCUCCACAGGUUGCUGCAGAACAGCACCUCGCCCGUGGAGUUGGCCAAGCUAACGGCGGAGGCUACGGGAAAAGACCCCGUUGGUCCAGAGUCGUCUUCGGGGGACAGCAUGGGUGAGCUCUGCAUGAAACAGGAGCCGGGGAGCCCCAAGAAGAAGGACAAUGCACUGCUGCGCUAUCUGCUGGACAGGGACGAUAACGGCAUCCUGGAUAAAGCCAUCAAGAUGGAGCCCGGCGACGGACCCCUGCUGGCCAACGUCAAGACGGAGAUGCAGGAGGGAGAGUUCGACAUGGCCGACCAGACCAGUGAGCUGGACGACCUGCUGGAGGACCUGCAGAGCGGCGGCCAGCAGCAGCAGCAGCAGAUGUUCUCGAGCCAACAGCCAGUCAGAGGACCAGCCUCCUCUUCGUCCUCCUCUUCCUCUGCUGCGCCCGGUUCCUCCGUGGAAAAACAGAGCAUCAUCAGCGACAUCCUGCAGAUGACGGAGAGCAGCAGCGGAGGCGGAGUCAGCAGCCCUCCCAACCAGCACAGAGCCUUCCCUCCCAUCAGCCCUGCAGGCUUUAACAGCGCCAGGCCGGGUCAGCCGGGUCGAGGUGCUCCUCCAGUCAGGAUUGAGUCUCUGGACGGCGGUGUCGGCCCAAACCCCAACGCUGGAAGACCGUUUCCUCCUCAGCACAGGAACAACGGGCCCUACUCCUUACUGCAGCAGCAGCAGCAGCAACAGCAGCAAAGCAUGAUGGGAACCCACGCAGGCAUGGCCAACCAGGCUGCGAUGGCCAAUCAAGGCAUGCUGAGUAACGGGUCGACGGGCUCCAUGCAGCAGGGCUGGGGUCACCAGGGGUCCAUGGGGGGCACCGCGGGGGGGCCGAUGAUGGGCCAAGGGGUCGGGCCGAGUCGGAUGGUCCCCAACAUGAACGCCGCAAUGACCACGAGAGGCCCGCCCGGAUCCAGAGCCAUGGUCGGCAUGCAGAUGAUGGGCAACGAGAUGGAGAUGACAAACCCCGCCUACACUCAGCAGCAAGCUCCACCCAAUCAGACUGCACCAUGGCCAAACCGGAUGAUGGCUGUGGAUCACUAUGGAAACCAAAGCAGGCCACCGUACGGCGCCCCCCAGGAGGACAGGAUGCGGUGCUGCGGCCCCGGUCCCGAGGGCCCGCCAGACGAAGGAGCCCUGCUGAGCCAGCUGUGCUCGGUGUUGAAGGACUACGAGGGUCUGGAGGAGAUCGACAAGAUGCUGGGGAUCCCGACGCUGGCUGGACAGGGUCCCAUGUCGGACCAGGACCAGUACCUGGGCUCCUCGGACCCAUCAGCCAGCAUGAAGCCUUUCCUGUACGGUCAGCACUACGGUGGCCCUCCAGCGUACGGCAGCGCGCCUUCGGACGGUGGCUUCCACGGCCCGUCUAUGAGCGGCCACAUGGGGCCGCAGAGGAUGACGCCCGCCGGUUACCCACCCAUGAUGAGGAUGCCGGGGGGCGCGGGGCCCAGGCCUGUCGGGAUCCGGCCGGGGGGGCCCGGUCCAGGAGUGCCGCCUCAGCCCAACAACCUGAGGCUCCAGCUGCAGCACAGACUCCAGGCUCAGCUGAACCGACAGCCAAUGGUGAACCAGAUGAGUGGAGUGUCCAAUAUGAAUCUACCUCUAAGGGCUAAUGUACCAAACCAGGGAACCCUCAACGCUCAGAUGCUGGCCCAGCGUCAGCGCGAGUACCUCAGCAACCACCUACGCCAACGCCAACACCUGCAGCAGCAGCAGCAGCAGCAGCACGUGCACCAGCAGCGCGCCAUGAUGAUGCGGACUCAGGGCAUCAACAUGCCCCGCGGGGGCGCCGCCCCAACGCCGAUGCCCGUGGGCGGCACCAACCCGCGGCUCCCGCAGGGCAACCCGCAGCAGUUCCCCUACCCGGCCUCCAGCUACGGUACCGGCCUGCCCUCUCCUCCUCCACCUCCUCACCCCGGCUCCUCCAGCCCCUUCUCCUCCCCUCUCUCCCCCGGCCAUCACCUGGCUAGCCAGGGCAUGAUGGGAAAUGUAGGCGGGCAGUACAGCGGGGUAAUGAGCCCCCCGUCCCAGCACAGUGCCUACCAGUUCAGCAGUUCAGGAAUGACCCAGCAGCAGCAACACCAGGACCCCGUGUCAGGUUUUCCUUGCGGGGCUGCGACCCCUCAGAGCCCCCUGCUGUCCCCCAGAAUGGGGCCGGGUCAGAGCCCCAUGCUGCAGCAGAACCAGGGCCAACCCCAAACCCAGCCCCAGGGUCCGAACCACAGAGGACCACCGGCCUACCAGGCGACCCCCGGGUGGUCCCAACCCGCCAACAUCUCCACCAGCAACAGCGUUUACCCCCAGCAGUCCCAGUCGCAGUACUCCACACAAGCCAACGGAGGAAUGUACAACAGCAACAACAACAACAUGAACCUGGGAGUCAUGGCCAACAACGGCGGCAACAUGAACCACAUGUCAGGACAGAUGAGCUCCAUGAACACAGAGCAGGUGAGGGACGGCAGCCUGAUCCUGGAGCAGCUGGCAGGAAUGGACAUGUUGAACCAAGACGGUGAACCCAAUUCUAAUUUCUGCUGACCCCGGCUGUGGUUGAAACAAGGUGACACAUGCAAAAAAAAAAAAAA